CUCGUCCUCCGCCGGCCGGCUGGAGCGGCCAUGGAGGUCUACAUCCCGUCCUUUCGCUACGAGGAGAGCGACCUGGAGCGGGGAUACACGGUGUUUAAGAUAGAAGUGCUAAUGAAUGGAAGAAAACACUUUGUUGAAAAAAGGUACAGCGAAUUUCACGCCUUGCACAAAAAGCUGAAGAAAUGUAUAAAAACUCCAGAAAUCCCUUCUAAACAUGUUAGGAACUGGGUCCCAAAGGUCUUGGAACAACGGCGACAAGGUUUGGAAACAUACUUACAGGCUGUCAUUUUGGAAAAUGAAGAGCUUCCCAAACUGUUCCUCGAUUUCCUAAACGUGCGACACUUGCCCUCGCUACCGAAGGCAGAGAGUUGUGGAUCUUUUGAUGAGACGGAAUCUGAAGAAUCAAGCAAACUGUCCCACCAGCCGGUGCUGCUGUUCCUCAGGGAUCCAUUCGUCUUGCCUGCAGCGAGCGAUUUUCCAAAUGUGGUUAUUGAAGGGGUCCUCCAUGGGGUAUUUUACCCCCAUCUACAGCCCAGGUAGAAAUCCUCCAUGGCUAGAAGAAGCUGAAGUGGGUUUCACAGAAAUCGGUAUCUGCCAAAUUAACCUAAACUCUACGACAUAACAGCUCUAGCUCACAGUCAAAUUCACAGCCCCAGCUUAAGGCAGGGCAGGGACAUUUCCAUUAGAAUGGUGCUUUUAAAAAUAGAACCUGAACCUGGGCGGUGCUGAGGUUAAGGCCAAGUGUUUGAGACAUAGAAGGUAACUGCCAGUUUCGAAACUGUAGGCAAUGGCGGGGAGGGGCAAGUGUAACAAAACAGAAGUUACUCUCUGCUUUAGUUGCACUGUUUGCUGAUUGAACAUCUCAUCGGGAAGCAUGGCUGAGGCCGAUCUGUUUUGGUAGCUUUUUUUGUUGUUGUUCAGAUUUUUAGGACGCUGGUCUUUUCAUCAUGAGAUUUCUCUCUGUCAGUGAUAGGUACAUUCCAUGGGAGGGUCACAGAAACAGCCUGUGCUCGGUGUGAGGACGGAACUAAACUGGAAAUUAAACUAAGCUGAUGAUGUUAGGGCAUUUUUAAGACUCUUGUCAUUGCGAUUCACACGGCAGUGGAGUUGCUUCCUACCUGGGGCUUAGCUCUAGUGUCAGGACCUAAAAUGAAAUGGAACGUGGAGAGCGCCUCCUUGACAGCCGUUUCAAAAGACAGCAUAUUGGAAAUCUGCGCAUCCAACACAACCAGGUUUUCCUCCGGUGUUGGAAGAAAGGACAGUUUCUUCCGUUGAAGACCAUUUGACGUUGUCAGUGCUCGUUUAGGGCCAUGUUGCAUAGAACCACAUACCUUUCAACACUAGAAUCAGUCACCCUGCGCCCUCCAGGAUGCUUGUCUUCUGAGAGACCGACGUGAACUGACUUUACCUGAGGAGACGCCACAGUGGUAGCGCUUGGUUUCCUCAAGGUUCUUCCACCCUCAUCAGGGUUUACUCUUUCAUUCAACUGGUGAGAUUUUCAUGGGAUUCAUUGUUAUUUUCCGUAUUGUUUCCUUUUCGCUGACCUCCUAUAUGGAAUUGAUGUAAGUUCAACGAAUGAGCUGACCCCACUGUACAUCUCACUGACAUUCAUAUUUUCAGUAGUAAAGGGCAAAAGCAUAUAUACAGACUUUAUGUAUGUGCUGUAUGGGGGCAUUUCAUCGAAAACUGAUUAAUAGCUAGCCUAUUUAUGGUUAUUCAUUUUACUAAGCAUCUGUGUGGGAGAAAAAUAUUUGGGUUCAAAAUGAAUAACUAAAUCAUGGUUUUUGGUUAGGAUCUAAAUAUACAGGUUUCAAGCCUGCUGCAGACUUUGAGAGAUAACGUUUAUGAUAGAUGUGUUACUUCAUGCUAGAAACAGGCAAGGACUCUGUAAUCUAGUGUCAUGAACCAAAAAUAACUGAAUACUCAUGUGUGGGAGAUAUUUUUUAAAUGUUUUGUUGUUAGCUAUUUUGAGUUAAAUAAAAACAAAGAACAAGAAGUGUUUGAA